UGACGAGGAAGAAGAAGUAGAAUCCUCUCCCUUCUCUUUCUCAGUUGUUGAGGCGGACUAGGAUAACUGGAUAAGCCAAUCACAAGGCUCGACAUUAAUCUUCUUCCAUACUCUACUCGGUAACACGCUCUAGCAUGGAAUCGUCUCCCUCUCCCUCUCUCUCUCUCUCUAACGCGCGCGUCGUAUAUGGGUUCUUCAGUUCUUGCAGAACGUGUUAAUUCUGAGAAUCAGAGUGAAUUGCUGAAGGGGAACGAGUGAACGUGAAAAUACCUUGAAGCCAGGGUUAUAACAUACUGAUCUCAUCUUUCCAGCGAAGGGUUUGUUCCAUUCAUAGUUAGUUUUGAAAAUAUGGCAUCACCCCAUAAUACUACGCACUCUGAAGCUGCAAGGUUGGAACAAAUAAUCACUGAGUUCUAUACCAAAAGUCUCCACAUUAUACUUGAAUCGAGGUCUCCUUAUAUGUCCUCGCGCAAUUUUAGUGGCGAGCAAGCCAUGUCUUCUCCAUCUUCAUCCUCAUCCUCCUCUUCGUGUGUGAGAUCGAGAGAUAAAUGGUUCAAUUUAGCGCUUAGGGAACGCCUAGAUGUCCUAGAAAAUCUUGAUCUCUGCCACCAGAGCAAUCUCGAGCCAAUGGUGGUUGAUGUAAUUUUAGUGCAGAGACCACUUCAAUGGGACUCGGUUUCCCCAAGAAGGGAUCUCCCUACAAAUUUUUCCACGAAAGAGCGAAGUCCAUUUUCUUGGAAUUCUGAUCAGGAAGACUUUGGGUGCGAGGCGAAGAGUGAGAAGAUCAUAGAGAGAUGGAUUGUACAAUAUGAGAGUAGAAAACCUAGGGAUUGUGGUUCAGGGAGUAGAAGGUCAAGUAACACUUUGCAAACCUUGUAUAAGAAAUCGAUACUACUCUUAAGGUCAUUGUAUGUCACUGUCAGGCUUUUGCCUGCGUAUAAGAUUUUUCGUGACCUCAAUUCAUCCAGUCAAAUUUGCUCAUUUUCCCUAGCUCAUAAAGUAUCUUCUCCUCUUGAGUCUUUCGCUCAUAAAGAAGAGGCAGAAAUGCAGCGAUUUGGGUUUACCCCUGUGGAUACUCCUUGUGGUAGGCUUUGUCUUUCAGUACUGUACCGAUCUUUGCUCUCAGAAGUAAGCUCUGAACCAUCAACUCCUAUGUCUCCCCAAUUCAUACCCGAUUAUGUUGGGAGCCCAUUGGCUGACCCACUGAAGAGAUUCUCCUCAUUACCUGUGUAUCCACCGUCUCUACCAUUCUCAAGACGGCAUAGCUGGAGUUACAACAGUGAGAAAGCCUUGUCGCCAACAAUUUCUUUUUCACCAUCACCUACGUAUUCAGAACCACAAACGUCAAAUUCAAAUGCUUGUUCCCGUCGCCCUCCUCCUAUGAGCUUGCCUCCUCAUCCCCCUGAGUCAUCUCUGGCUCAUAAGAAAAGCACUAGUUAUGAUGACUUUAGUCCAUCCCCUAUCUUUUCACCCUCUCCAUCCCCAUCACCAUCACCACCAAUCUACAUUCCUGGAAGGCAUCUUUUGAAGGGUCUUCUACGAUCUGGGAGUGCUCCAGUUCCGGUCGGUAUUCCUUCAACUAAGCUUUCUAAAAUUGCUAAGGCUGAAAAAAGUGCUGGUACUGCUGGGACUCAUGGUGCUGUACAAAAGUUGUCCCAUCAUGCAAAAGAUGAAGCUAUAAAGUACCCCGGGGUUAAAAUAGCAGCACAGAUUUCAUUUUCUAAAAGUCCCAGUAGGUCUUUCCAGGACGAUUUUGAUGAUCCUGAGUUUCCUUGCCCAUUUGACGUGGAGGAUGAUGAUGUGACAGAUCCAGGAAGCAGACCAGACUCUUUUGAUCAAAAAGGUCAGCUCUAUGAUCCACUUGAUCCUGGGGGAUUGUUUCCUAUAAGAAAAUCCCAAGAUGCAGCAGUUGGUGCUCUUGUCCAUAUGUUGAAGAAAGCACCCCCUCUCCGUCAAGACUCCUCCACUUCCAUCGAUUUGUCACAAGUUUCUGAGCCUGAAACUUGGGUUGACAAUGUUCAAGAAGCUAAUCAAAUCUCUGACACACAUCCAUGUCAUCAUGCUGCUUCUUCAAGUGUUACAUAUUCUAGGCCUGUUGCAACAAAGACAACAGCUGAUGCAUUACAAGAGCUCCGGGUUUAUGGAGAAAUGAAAAACUUAUUACUUAGUCAAGGUGGUAGGUCUCUCACUUCUGCUCUCUCUUCUUCUACAUCAGUACCUUCUAGCAGAGGUACAGCUUGAUUUUGAACUCCUGUUAAUACUUAACCUUUGGCACAUCUGUACAGCAUUACCUAUUUCAAAGGCUGCUUCAUGCUAGACAGCUGAAGUAUGUUCUAUCAUCUCUAGUUCCCCCCAGCUUUUCUGCUCCAAUGUAUAUAUGGACCAUAUAUAAAUGUGCAAAAAAGAUAAAGUUUUUCCGUAUGGUUUUAUGUAGUAUGCGGAAGGUUUUACUUUCUCUCGGACUUAAUGUAAAGAGAAUACGUUCUAUCUGA